UAACGAACCAUUGGAGAGUUUUUGGGCCAUUUGUUCUUUUGCAGCCCAAAAUAAAUUUGCAAGAAAUGAGGCGUUCGAAGCUGAAAAAUGCAAUUUUGUGGCACAUUACCACCAACUCAUGAACCUUAAAAAACCCUACAGCUUAUUGCUCUUUCCGCGAUUAGGGUUUUAAAGUUCGAAUUCCAGGUCAGAGAUAUGGCUACAGCGGCAGCAGGAUCUGGUGAAAAGAGGAAGCCGGUGUUCGUUAAAGUCGACAGCCUGAAACCUGGGACUAACGGCCACACUCUCACGGUGAAGGUUAUCAGUUCAACCGCUAUCAAAAGCAGCGGCGGCGGAGGUGGAAGGAGAGGCAGCGGCGGACGGGCGUCGAUGUCUCUCAUUGCUCGUUCCGCCCCCCCUGCCCGUAUAGCUGAGUGCCUUGUGGGUGAUGAGACUGGGACAAUCAUUUUCACUGCCCGGAACGAUCAAGGUGGAUAUGUUUAUUCGCAUGUAUCUUGUGACAUCAUUGUCCAUCUACAACUGUAUGAUUGACACAAUGACACCUGGCAAUACCGUGAUUAUCCGGAAUGCAAAGAUAGACAUGUUUAAGGGCUCAAUGCGUUUAGCAGUAGACAAAUGGGGACGUGUUGAGGUAACUGAAGAACCUGCUAUUAUUGAUGUUAAAGAGGAUAACAAUCUUUCUUUAGUCGAGUAUGAAUUGGUCAAUGUUGAAGUGAAGGGAUGAAAGGUGGUGGUAGACUGAACAUAUUUUCAAAGGGACUAAAGUACUCAUUUUACUUUUCUUUUUCUAGCAUGUAUAACCUAUUUCAUUGGUUUCAUAAUUCGCAUCAGUAAAUCUUAAUGGUGAUGGUUUGGCCUUAAGUUGGUUCUAUAACUCUAUUCACAUCUUGGCUGCGGGAUUUCUCUUCCUUCCAUUGUAAGUUUACCUCCUGUUGUUCAUGGGUCUUAGAACCUAAUUUGAAUGUUUCUCUCUCAAUUUUUAUGAUGCGAUCAGUUUUGUUAUCUGAUAUGUGUAAAUAUGUUACAAU